AUGGAUCUCUCCGGGUUCUGCCCGCCCUUCUGUUUGCAGAUUUAUAAGGAGGGAUCUUGGCUCCCGCAGCAGCAGCUCGGCUCUUUUGGCUCGCUCGCCGCUUCCCUAGCAGAGGGUCUGCUGGCAGGAGCGACAUCUGAACAGGUCAUGAAGCCUCAAGCGGCAGAGCUCGUCUCUGAAAUCUCAAAGUUGCAGUGCAUGGUCACAGAGCUGAAGACGGGCUUCGCCAGCGCCCUGCUGGAGCUCGGUCAGAUCCAGCAUGGAGACUCGCACCUGAGGGAGGAGAUGGAGGAGAACAGGAGGAGCUGUCAGAAAAAAGCUUUCCGCUUGGAGGCGCUGGUCGAGUCGCUGAGGGAGGAACUUGGAGUGCUGAGGAGUCAAAUUGUGCAGCUGUACGGCAACAGGCCCGGGCCUGAGCCAGACGGAAAGGGCCUCACGUCCAAACCAAGAGAAAGCGAUCCAGCAGAGCCAGCCGGUGACCAGGGGGUUUGCGAGUGUUGUGCUCCUCCACCGGCCUGCCUGUCCCGGGAGAAGCUGCUCCUUCAUUGCUUCCUUCAGGGCCUGAAGGCCGGGCUGAGCGAAGGGACAGAUGCUCGACAUCAGGUGGCCAUGCAGCUCCUGCACUCCGAGUGGGAAUACGUGUCGACCCUGAACCAGCUGUACGACAAGUACAAAACGCCGCUAGCUCACCAGACAGCCGUAGAGCCGCAUCAGACGUAUGUGAGGUGCGUGGAGCAGCUCCUGCAGCGACACGUGCUCUUCAGGAACACCCUGCAGGAGAGGUUAUCUGCCGAACACUGGAAGUCUCUGGUCGGCGACAUCCUGGUGCAGCUCAUCGGCCAAAACGACACAGCUUUUUCAGAUAUGUAUCUCGGAUACACGACGACCUUGGCGUCGUUCCUCUCCCUCGAGUUCAACCGGCUGAAUCAGGAAGGUAAAAGCCUCCGAACACAGAGCGGCCAGAUGGAGAGAGACGAAAUAAAACUGCUGUCUUUGCUGUUGGCUCCUGUUGCUAGGAUUCACAGCUACCUGAGUCACAUUCAGAACCUGCUGCAGUGGACCGGUAAGGAGCAUCCCGACUGCAGCCUGUUGUUGGGGUCUGAGAGAGCUCUGAGGAGCGUCUUGUCCCGCUGUCACGUGAUCUUGGAGGAGGAUGUUCGAUGGGAGGAAGACGAGGAAGCCGGGCAAAGCGCCCCCUGUGAUGCUGCCGCCGCUGCGUCCUCUGGAAGCUGCUGCACGAGGAGCCAGCAGAUGAGAGCGGAGUCCAGCUCUGCUGCUCAGAGAGACGUCCAGCCGGCUGCUCCCCUCACCAACGGGGUGGGUGGUGGUCACUCCAUGCGCCUGGAGUGCUGGUCCUGCAGCCCGGUGAGGAGGAAGGGCUUCCUGCGAGACCGGGCCGCCCUGAGGCAGCCAGUCUGCCACUGCGGUCACGCGUGCUGCUCUCUGCUCGCUCCGGACGCCGCAGGAUGGGGAGAAAACAGCGACUCGGGUCAGGGCACCUUCAGCCAGCCCACGGUGAAAUCCACCAACGACCCGGAGACGACGCGUGCAAACAGCGAGACGGACGACACCUCCGCCUUUGACUACUCUUCUGUCACCUCCUGCAGCCCGGACGGCACCCUGCGGAGGGAGGCGAUGGACACCAACAGCGGGGAGGACGACGAAGACGAGGAGGACAGCCAGGUGCCCGUGCUGCUGAAGCCCUCAUUCAGCCAGGAGUAUCCGGCGCCGGAAACCAGAGGCAGAACUGUGUGUGUGAGGUGGCAGAUUCCCAGAUUCACCCCUCACCCUCCUCUUAGGAGCCCCGCAGGGCCGUAUGUGGACGGACCGACACCUUGCCUCAUCAGCUCCUUUGGGAAGAGAUUGGUCAGCCUGAGGAAAGGGUCGCCUCCUCCACAUCUGAAAAGUGCCUUCAGGCCCAUCUGGGACGAUCCAUCCAAGCAGGCCGAUUCCGCCCCAGAGAGGGACAACAGACCUGCUGGGUUCGUUCCAGCUCCAGCUUCAGCUUCAGCGAGGAACAACUUCCAAGCUUUCGCUCCCAGCAGGGAAAACCUGAGGCCUGCGCCUGCUCAGCAGCGAGGGACCUAUGGACCAGCCUUGGACGGGGGGGGACUGUGGGACAGUGAGGACAGCGAGGGACCCUGCAGCACAGUUUGACUUUUUAACCAAAAAAAACCUUGAAAAGCAAAACAUCUAGAUGCUCUUCAUUUGAAUAAAUCCAUUUGAGAUGUUUUGUGUGCAACAAAAAUUGCUGGUCUGCCUCUGUGGUUGAAUGGAUCCCCAGGGUCACAAAGAUUCCCAAAUUAUUGAGCUUGGAAGGGAUUUUCUGAAGUCCAAUAUUUGCUAAAAUGGCCCAUGCUUUAUAGCUGAGACUGCAUAAGUCAGAAUAAAAUAAAGUCACUUAUCCAAUAACUAUAAAUUAAGAGAAAUAACCAGCCACUCUGGAGGAGCUGCAGAGAGCCGCAGCUGAACGGUGAACUCAACCUUUACGGAAGAGCUGGAAGAAAAAAGCAGCUUAUUAAACAGGAAAUCACAGGAAGUUCAGUUUGCCAUGUGUACAUAUAUAGACGACGGCAAGACAAAACUGAACAUAUGAUCUCCCUGGUGAAACAUGGUGUUGGCAGCAUCAUGGUCUGGAGAUUUGUUUUGGUGGCACCUUAUCUGAAGGCGUGUGCAUAACACUGACAUGACAUAACACCUGUUAUGAACAUGGAGUCCUUAUGAAUGUUUACGACUGUUGUAAUUCGGCAAAUAAUCACAUUAUUAAUGCAAAGUUGACCAUUUUAAUGCAAAUUUUAAUAGAACGUUGCAUUAAAAGUGUCAUUUACCGAAUUUACUUCAUGACAACAUUCAUGAAGACUUAUUCAUGUUUACGACAGUCUCACGUCGGUCUUAUGCACACACCUUCAAAUAGUGUUACAGAUUUUUGUUUUCCCAGCAGUGAUGGGGAUGACUGGAGGAUGGAUGAAAAUAAAUACAAAGGAGAUCUGGAAGGAAAUCUGCCCAGA